AUGGAGGUUACUGCAACAACUGUCGUAUUCGUCAUUGGAGCUCCUGGUUCUGGCAAGGGCACGCUGUGCCGAAGACUUUCUGACGAAUAUGGAUUCUGUCACUUGUCUAUUGGAGAUACGUUGAGGAGACUUGUCUCGAACUCGAUGACGGACCUAGUUACGGCAUCUCAGGUGCAAAGAGGCGAGCUCGUUUCCACAGAGGUGUUGGUCAGUAUUCUCCAAGACAGCGUCAAGGAAAAUGUAUACAGCGGCCGCCACGUGAUCCUGGUAGAUGGUUUGCCGAGGCAGUCAGAUCAGGCUAUGCCUGUGGAAGAGAAAAUCGGCUCGCCAGCAUUGGUCCUGUUCUUCAACUGUCGAGAAGAGGUCGCCAAAAAUCGCUUUCUCAAGCGAAACCUACCUGGAAGAGAAGCAGAUGAUGCGGUCGUCUUCCAGAAGAGAUACGAUGAGUUCGCCGUGGAGAACCCUUAG